AUGCUCGUAGCAAGAACCGUUCUCCGUCAGACCAUUGGCCUAGCUGCUCACAGUAGCACUCGCGCCUUUCGCUCACCACAUAGCCUCUCCCGAUCCUACGUUGAAUGGUCAUCUUCAUCGACAUCCAUCCCAACUGUUAUGGGAAGCUCUUGCACAUCGCUUCGAAGCUUUGCAACGACACCGAGAAGAUUAGCAACUGAAAUCAUACCCUACCUUCUGGCCGAUGUUGGAGAGGGUAUCACCGAAUGCGAGAUGAUCAAGUGGUUUGUUCAGCCUGGUGCUGUUGUUCAAGAGUUCGAUCCGAUUUGUGAGGUUCAGUCGGAUAAGGCUUCUGUUGAGAUCACCUCGAGAUAUGCUGGAAAGAUCAAGAGGUUGAUGUACAAGGAAGGAGAUGUAGCUAAAGUUGGCCAUGCUUUGUGCGAGAUCGAGAUGGAAUCCCAAGGUACGGCUGACGAGGUCCAAGAGGCAGGGAAGAAGGAAGAGGAGGUCAAGAUUAAGUGUGUAUCAAAGGACGAGCAGUUCAAGGCGGUGGAUAUGGAUGCGUUUGUCUCGGCAGAAAGCAAGCAUUCCAAUGGGGGAGCAAGCCAUUUAAAUGGCAACCAUGUACUGGCAACACCAGCUGUGAGAAGAGUAUCCCGCGAUCACAACAUUGACCUCGCCCACGUUCCUGGCACAGGUAAAGAUGGCAGAAUCACCAAGGAAGACGUGCUCAACUUUGUCCAGAAUGGCAGAGAAGCUUCAACCAAGUCCUCUAGCACUGCUGCCUCUUCUUUACCCUCCACUCCCUCCACUGCUUCCACUGCUUCCACUGCUUCCACUGCUUCCACCUCUGCUCAGGAACCAGAAAGAACCACGCAAGUCAUCGACCUCACACCCGUCCAACGAUCAAUGUUCAAAGCAAUGACAGCUACACUUGCUACUCCACACUUUGCCUAUUCAGACGAGGUGGAUGUUACUCAUCUCGACCAAGUGCGUCAGGUGCUUUCCAAGUCUAUCCCAGACCGUUAUACUUCUGCUGGGGAUUCUUCGUUUAGCAAGCUUACACUCCUUCCUUUUCUUGUCAAAGCAAUGAGUUUGGCACUCAAGGAUCAUCCGAUGUUUCGAUCGACAGUUAAUGGGGAUCAGAAGUUAGUUCGUCGUUCUUCACAUGAUAUUUCAAUUGCUAUUACAAGCAAAGUAGGUCUGCUUACACCUUGUAUUAUGGAUUGUCAGGUAAAGUCGGUCUUGGAUCUUUCAGGUUGUAUCGCUAGGUUACAGAAUCUUGCACUUUCGUCUAGGGGUUUGUCGCCUUCGGAUCUUAGGGCGACAGGAACUGUUACUUUGAGUAAUGUUGGUGCUGUGGGUGGAGGAACGUAUACUCAUCCUCUUUUGCCACCUACGGGUCAGCUUGUAAUUGGUGCGUUGGGUAGAAGUAGAAUCUUGCCUAGGUUUGCAUCCGAAAUUCCUUCGCUUGGUGUCUCGGAUCAGGAUAAGAUCGUAAGGAGACUUAUUAUGUCUGUCUCUUUUACUGCUGAUCAUAGGGUGGUGGAAGGUGCAGAUCUUGCACGUCUGGUUAACCGUUGGAAACAUCUUGUAGAAAACCCGUCGCUUUGGAUUGGUCUCUUGGCUUGA